GGGCUGAAUUGGCUGAGCCAUCUCUAUAUGCAGCAGUAUCCUGGAUUAAUUGUAUGAUUUUUGUAUAGCAUCGUCUGAUAGUCAGACCACUUUUACGAAAUCGCUUUACUUGUUGCAUGUCUUGGCCAUGCAGCCUUACUUCGGCCUGCGCGGUGCGCUUCUAAAUCGUGCCAUCAUUUGGCUUGUCGUAUGCCCGGCAUUCGUGUGUUAUGGAUACAACCAGGGUGUCACCGGUGGGCUCUUGACCCUGGAGUCGUUCGCCAGACAAUUUCCCCAGAUGAACACCCUGACCACCGAGGGUGCGGAGCAGCAUUAUAAUUCCACUAUCCAGGGCACGGUAGUCGCUCUGUAUACUGUCGGAGGUAUAUUCGGAUCCUUGUCAUGCAUCUACCUGGGAGACCUUCUGGGGCGCCGGCGCGUCAUUUUCAUUACGUCCGCUGUAUCGCUCAUCGGAGCCAUCCUCAUGGCCACCUCGUUCGAACUCGCCCAAUUCAUUGUCGCCCGCCUGGUGCUGGGCGUGGGCACCGGAGGUUAUGUGGCUACUGUACCUGUGUGGCAGGCCGAAAUCUCUCAGGCGAAGAAGCGUGGCGCCCAUGUCGUAACGGACGGUAUUUUCAUCGGUGCAGGCAUUGCCAUUUCCUUAUGGAUAGACUUCGGCUUCUACUUCGUGAAGGGGAACUCGGUCUCCUGGCGCUUCCCGCUAGCUUUCCAAGUUAUCCUCUCGUUGAUAGUCAUGGCUUUUAUCACAGUAUUUCCCGAAUCCCCCCGAUGGCUUGUCAAAAUGGGCCGGCAAGAGGAGGCACGCGAGAUUCUGGCGGCAUUAGCUGAUCAGGAGCCUCACGCGGAGGAUAUCAACAUGGCUCUCCGUGACAUAGAACGAUCCCUGGCCCUAUCCGGCUCCGGAUCAUGGAAGGACAUGCUGACGAUGGGCGAGCAACGGCUAUUUCAUCGAACGGUUCUCGCCGCCGCCGGGCAGAUGUUCCAACAGAUGUGCGGUAUCAAUCUCAUAACUUUCUACGCUACCACAAUCUUUGAACAAUACUUAGGGCUAAGCCCUAUACAAUCUCGGAUCCUGGCGGCAUCCAUGACUCUCACCCAGCCGCUUGGCGGAUUCCUGGCUUUCUUCACCAUUGACCGGCUAGGCCGGCGAGCGCUGAUGCUUUGGAGUGCGGCUGGCAUGUCGGCGUCCAUGGCGGUGUUAGCCGGUACCACUUCGGUUAAGGACAGCACGGGCACGCUGGUGGCGGCCGUGGUGUUCUUAUUCGUCUUCGAGUUCAUCUUCACCGUGGGAUACUCCGGAUUGACCUUCCUAUAUGCCACAGAGGUAGCCCCGUUGCAGCUGCGUGCGGCUAUCAGCGCCGUCUCAACCGCCGCCGUGUGGACAUUUAACUUCCUACUGGCAGAAGUGACGCCAGUUGGAUUCAACACCAUCGGAUACCAGUACUACAUUAUUUUCGCUGUGUUGAAUGCAGCCAUAGUACCAGUGGUGUACUUUUUCUUCCCAGAAACCAACGGACGGACUCUGGAAGAAAUCGACGAAAUCUUCCUCCAGUCGAAGAGCGUCUUCGAUCCACCCCGUCUAGCCAGAACGCUGCCUAAAAUGCAUCUGGCCGAAGAUGUCGACAUCGAGGGAGGAACUGAAUCAGGGGAUAGUGAUGGGAAGGGUAAGAUGUAAAUGGCAAAAUCCUUCAGGAAUGGUGGAGAAAUGAAAUUACUAUUGAUGGAUAGUUUAUGAUCAACAUGAUACUUGCUAGUUCAAAUACGGAUGAUCGGCUCUCCGGGCCGUUAUGGUUAAAUUGAAGGCAUUCUUCAGGGUAUUAUCCGCGACAUUCCGUGUCACUUUCGCCGUGUCGGAUGUGAAUCAAUCUGAAACGCUUCCAUCUAGAAGGAUCGUCGCUCUAGUAUAAAGUUCACAUAGGCACCCGACAGGUUAGAUCACCACAAACCCAUCAUACAUAGUUCAGUCUCUCCGGAAUGAAGUCGAUUCUCU